CUUGACCUUAAUUCUGAGUCCUUUGACUCGCGUCGCAGUUUCUGGUUCGUGUUUUUAUUACCUUCGGUGAGGAGAGGCAGGAGGGAGGCUGGCUUCGGUGCUGAAAGUUGCACUCGUCCUUCUUUUGGAGGCAGCAUGUGCACCAACAUAGUGUACGAGUGGCUGAAAACCCUGCAGCUCCCCCAGUACGCCGAGUCCUUUGUCGACAAUGGCUACGACGACCUGGAGGUCUGCAAGCAGAUCGGCGACCCGGACCUGGACGCCAUCGGCGUGGCCGUGCCCCAGCACCGCCGCCGGAUCCACGAGGCCGUGCGGAGGCUGCGGGAGGCGGACGAGCGGGCGGCGGGGCUUUACUUCACUCUGGAGCCGCCGCCCGCGCCUCCCGCCAAGGGGCCCCGCCGCCCACCGGGGCAGGACGGGGCGGCCCCCCGACACCGGCCUGGCCGUGGGGGCCCCGUAGUCUACCCGAGGCUGAAGCUGAAGAUCAUGAUCCGGGACAAGCUGGUCCGCGACGGCAUCAACCUGAGCAAGCCGCCCUACUCCAACAAGGUAAGGGGCUCUUGAGGGGCGGUGGCGGCGGCUGGAGGUCUGCUACUCUGGGCGUUCCACCAGCGUGGCACCAGGGUGCGGAGCUGCUCGCAAUGGGGUCGAUGCGGUCCAACUUAGCGCCAGCCUCACGUGCAGAGGAGCGGGGCCAUGGCGGGUGAGAUCCUCCCCAUCCACCGCUUCAGCUGGGCCUGUGCGCUGCGCCUCUGAUUUACUGUUACAAAUCGGUUCUUUAUGUCCUGUCUGGUCUGGGGCGUGAAGGCAGGGAUUGACAGGAUAAGCUUCUGGAUGUUUUGGGUUUUCCCUUCUCUGAAAGUUUUCCAUUGUGUUGGUGAGUGAUAGUGUCUCCUGUAUUUUGAUAAAGGUAGCACUGUAGUGGCAGUGCCUGUUGGUGAAGUGGCUCUUGAAGGAAGCAGUAGUGUAGCCAGUGGGACAACUCCUCGUCCUCUGUUUAUUGACUGAAGGGUGGCAGUGACUGCUGAAUGUCAGAACCAUUUGUCAGCUGCUCCGGGUGCAAGUUGGUCUAGGUCUACAGCAUGCUUUGCUGAAAGGCAGAAAAGUGAAGGUCUCCGAUGACUAUGUCCCAGUUUGAUGAUAUUCAUCUAGUUCUUAUAUUUGAAAAGUUUAAAACGUAACAAUAAUGUUGUCUGGAAGGUAUGUAACUAUAAAAUUAAACAGACAAUACCAUGAAUGAGAAAGUGAUUUGUGAUAGAAAACGAGGCAUUAUGUGAGGUAUGUUUGCUUCAGAGUUCAGGAUGAAGUGUUUUAGCAAGUUGUUUCACGACCCAAGCUGCCUGCUUCUCUUUGAUGAUUUGAAGUCUGACUUUUUGGUUGACCUUGAAAUUGUGGGUACUUUUAACCUCGGAGUUGAAAGUAUGGAAGCAAAGCGAUGGAGAGGUCUGCAGAUCCAGGUUUCUGGAGAUGAUUAUGAUUGUGAGAAAUUAAAUUUGAGAAUUAAUACCAGCAGCGGGGGACCUGGAUGCAAGAAUAAUGAGUGAAAUCCAACUUGGUAACAAUGUAGAGGUGCGCAUAAUAAGACUUAAAGCAUAAUAAGGCUCUCAGGACUUGCAUUUUUAUGGGCCUGGUGAUAGAAGGCCAAUGGUCACUUCUCAAGUACAGCGCCGCCAGGUGGUCUGAGAUAUUUGUGUUCACCUUUUCCUGAAACAUCUGGCUGGUGACUUUGUCAGAAAGUGAAUCAAAUCUGAUAGGACAGUGGUCAAGUCUAAUAAAAACAUUACUGAAUGCACAUUUUGAAGUCUGAGUACAGCAUCUUCUGAAACUUCCUGUGCAUUUCAUUGGGGUCGGUGUGUGUUUGAGGCGAAGCACCAUCCAAGAGAUUUGUUUUCCCUUUGAAGUAAUACUUGUUUGGACUGACGCCUGUCUGAAAUUGUCAUUACCUGUCUAACAUAAACAAACUUCUGUUGAAGUUUUUGCUUAUUAAUGAAGCCACAGCUCAUCACCCACCUUUGGAGCUAUGCUUCACUUCUUCCUUUCAACUUUGUGUGCUCACAGUCACCAAUUCCUUCUUACCAGGGGAACCCUCUACCUGUCUUCACUACCUUCUAUCUUCUCUGUAGGAACUAUAAAAUUCCUGAGAUGACAGUGUAUGACAUCAAGGAAAUGAAAAUCUUAGGCAUUGCUUUCUUCUUUAGCUCACCUUGUUUUAAUUUAUUUGAUUGCUUUGAUAGUAGUGCAAGUUAGCUGUCAGGGCAAACUCAUCUUACAUGUAAAUUGUCACUCAGCUUUAAUGCUAAAAUGCUUUUUAAACCUAAAUGGAACAUUUUGUAGCAGAAAGAGGAACC